AUGAACAUGUCUUUCCCAGAAGAUUCUCACGGCCACGCUCUGAAAUACGCUGCAUCGAAGAUCCUUGCGCACCAAGCGACACGAUCUUUUUUGGAGAACAACAGUCCACAUUAUAACCUGAUUACACUCCAUCCGACAUACGUCCUGGGACCUAGUAUGGUUCAGAAGACCCUGGGCGAGCUUAGUGGCAUGAACGCGCUCUUCUGGUCGUCGAUUACCUCAGGCCAAACUCAAAUCGCCAAUGCUUGGGUGCAUGUUCACGAUGUCGCGGAUGCACACAUCAAAGUGUUGGAUAAAGAUGUCCAGAGUGGAACAGAGUUCAUUUUAUCAAGACCGUCUGUGUCCUGGAAGCAUGCAGCAAAUUUCAUCAAAGAAAAGUGUCCAGAUGUGGAGUGUAAGCUGGAACCGCCUUUCGAGGGGCAUUGGGCGCUGGAUACCACUGCUGCUGAUCGCAUACUGGUAUGA